AUAUUAAUGAUAAAUUUCGACCAUUCAAUUAAAUUAUAAAAUUUAUACCUUAGUACAUCUAGCUGCAAAUUUCUUAGCAAAUUCUCUUUAAAACCCACGGACUUUGUUCCAAUAGCACCCUUCCCAAAUUUCGAGGACCAAAAUUAAACAAACCUAAGCCCCAACAGCCAAACCCCUCAAUCGAAACCUCAACAAAACCCUAACUUUCCGAGCACUAUCCCUGCAAUUGAUUUCUUCAAGGUUCCUAAUUCAAAUGCCUUGAAGAAAAAGAGCUGAAAUCUUCGAAUUUAAAAAAAGAAGGAUAAUGGAUUUCGACGAGUACGAGUAUUUAGAAAAAACCGUGGAAGAGCAGGAAGAUUCGAAGAAGAAGAAGAAGAAAGACGGAGGAGGAUCGGGAGACAAGAGCGAGAGAAGCUAUAGGAAGAGGGAUGGCGAGAGAGAGGAAGAGGAUAAUGAAGGCAAGAGCACCAGCAAGAAAUCGAGAGGCGGCCGCGAUGAGGACGACGAGGAGAACCGAGAUCGGGAUAAGGAUCGGCGUAGAAGCAGCCGCGAUAGAGAAAGGGAAAGGGAGAGAGAGAGGGAUAGGGAUUUAGAGAGGAGCAGUAGAGAGAGGGAAAAGGAAAAGGAAAGGGACAGAGAAAGGAGAGAUAGGGAUAAGGAUAAGGGGAAAGAGAGGGAUAGGGAGAGGAGAGAGAGGGAAAAGGAGAGAGAGAGGAGGGAGAGGGAGAAGGAGAAGGAAAGGGAGAGAGAGAGGAGAGAGAGAAGCAGCAGUAGGUCAAGGAGGCACGAGGGUGAUCGCGAGCGAGAGAGGGAGCGGGAGAGAGAACGUGAAAUUGACAUCAGAGAUAGCAGAUUUAAGGAGAAGAAAGAGGUAGUGGAGCCUGAAGCUGAUCCUGAGAGGGACCAGAGAACUGUUUUUGCUUACCAGAUGCCUCUAAAAGCAACUGAGAGAGAUAUCUAUGAAUUGUUCUCAAAAGCAGGCAAGGUGAGGGAUGUUCGACUGAUCAUGGAUAGGAAUUCAAGACGAUCAAAGGGAGUUGGGUAUAUUGAGUUUUACGAUGUGAUGUCUGUGCCAAUGGCGAUAGCCUUGUCUGGUCAAUUGCUUCUUGGUCAACCUGUGAUGGUUAAACCUUCAGAAGCUGAAAAGAAUCUUGUUCAGUCCAAUACUUCUGGUGCAGCCGCAGGUGGUGUUGCUGGACCAUAUGGAGCUGUUGAUAGAAAAUUAUAUGUGGGGAACUUGCACUUCAAUAUGACAGAAAUUCAGCUUAGACAGAUAUUUGAACCCUUUGGUCCCAUGGAGCUUGUGCAACUACCGCUUGACCUUGAGACUGGGCAGUGCAAAGGUUUUGGGUUUGUUCAGUUUGCACAACUUGAGCAUGCAAAAGCAGCUCAAAGUGCAAUGAAUGGAAAACUGGAGAUUGCUGGUCGAACCAUUAAGGUUUCAUCUGUUACUGAUCAUGUUGGUAUCCAAGAUACUGCAGCAAAAUCUGUGGACUUUGAUGAUGAUGAGGGUGGUGGCUUGUCUUUGAAUGCUCAAUCGAGAGCAUCACUUAUGCAGAAACUGGAUCGCUCUGGUAUUGCGACAAGUAUUACAAGCUCCCUGGGAGUACCCCUCCUUAAUGGGUCAGCUCCAAAUCCACAGGUUGCUACAUUACCUGUCAAUGGACUACGUGCAUAUCCAGCACCAGUUCUACCUCCAGUCAUGUCUACUACAGCCCUUGAUCCUAUUGGACAGUCCAGUGGAUGUUUGCUGUUGAAGAAUAUGUUUGAUCCUGCAACUGAGACGGAACCAGAUUUUGAUUUGGAAAUUAAAGAGGAUGUUGAAGAAGAAUGCAGUAAAUAUGGCAGGGUGAAGCAUAUUUAUGUGGACAAAAACAGUGCUGGUUAUGUCUAUCUUCAAUUUGACUCGGCAGAUGCAGCGGCUAAAGUUCAACGUUCAAUGCACAUGAGAUGGUUUGCAGGCAGAUCAAUAUCAGCUUUAUUUAUGCAACCCCACGAGUAUGAGGCGAGGUUUAAGGGUUGAACAACAUUGGCUCGCAGGAUUGGUUCUCAUGUCUGGAUUGAUGGACGGUAGGUUUAUAUCUGAACUCGUUUUGUUCUGAGUUUAGAAUUUUUAUUAUAAUCAUACACAAUGACCUAAAUGUAAGAUAAUGCUAUUUGUUUACACUUUUUUUAGUGAUUGAAUUUUAAUUAUUGUUGGCAAUUUCCAUAACCAAUGCCAUCGCUAUUCAACAUCGUUGUCAGUUGGUUGCCGCCAAAUGGGUCAUAUUGUAGUCAAAAGCAAUCUGCGUGUGUGUGUGUGUGUAUAUAUAUAUAAAAGGAAGAAUCAUCUUAUAUAGCAUAAAAAUUAAAAAAGUUUUAUAUAUUUUUUAAUUUUUGAUUUUAAUAAAUCUAAAAAAUGAGAGAUAAGUAAAAUUAGGACAAGCAAGUUGAUCUUUCUUACUAUAUAUAUUAUUGAUAUUUUGAAAUUGCUAGAUAAGGAUAAUUUAAUCAGCUUUAUGUUUUUUUUUUUUAUUUAACUACUAAUGAGAAACUCUGUGAAUUUAACAUAAAUAGCUUUACUUGAAUUUAUUUUAUUUAAUCCUUUUUAAGGAGAAAUUUUAUGAACUCGACGUGAGUAGCUUUAUUUCAAUUUAUUUGUUUCCUCUAUUGUAAACCAGUUUAUCUAUUUGUCUUAAACCCAUUAAAAUAUAUGUAAAACCUAUAAUGUCCUUCGUGACACCGUGGAUUUUUCUAUUUUAUAAUACAUGAUUGGAUGCUAUAAAAUUAUAUAUAUAUAUAUGAUAAUUGUACGAACAAAUUGAAUUAAGUUUUAAAUUUUAAUUUAUUUCUAUUUCUUAAAUCUUCGUUAGUUAUAAAAUCCAAAUAUGGUAUGUACAAAAAAACAAAAAAAUCCAAAUACCAAAUAUGGUGCAUCUAUAAAAUGUGAAAUGAUGACAUGUUGACAAUCAAAGUUGUAAAAUAGAUACAUAAUUUUGGCUCCAAAAAAAAAAAAAAUCAGAAGUUUUGAGAUGGAUUAACCUAAUUAAAGAAAAAGAAAGAGCAUUUUCUGGAGAUCUUUAAGGAGAAACGUUACAUAAAUUAGAAAGAUUCAUGAUAUAAAAAUCAAACUUCUAUUUUCAUAAGAUGUUGGCAAUUUACUUUUUCUUUUCUUUUCUUCUUUUGGAAAAAUUGGACAAUAAUCCAAGUAUUCUGUUAAUUUUCUUUGAAUUAGAAUUUAACGGAGUACUCGAAAAGUUUGUAAAAAAAGGAACUAGUAAAAGGUGUUCUUUUUUUUUUGAGAAAAGAUGGAGAAAAUUGCCCUUGUGAGGCUGCUUUU